AUGACGGAACGGAAAGAAGCUUCGAUAUACUUGUCUCUCUUUGCAUUGGAAAAUAUGAUGGACUGUGGGGUGACAGUUUGGGAAAGGUUAUCAGAGAUUCCAUAUUUCGCAUAUCGACUUUUUGAAUCUCCAUUAGACCCAAACUCAAAGGUGGACGAUAGCCGACCGAGAACGCCCUCAGCUGAAUAUGGGCCGUCAAUCACUUCGCCAACAGCCAGCGAAUUGUAUACAAAGGCUGGACGAGCAAUUUUUUUAUUGUCUAAAACUAGAUUUAUAACUCCAAUAUUAGGAAAGAAUCCACCAUUGAACGAGUUUUCUGUCAAGAACUGUAUUAGUACCAGAGACGACAAAUCGGUAAUAUCGCUUUCUCCGACGGCGAUGGAAAAGUUACAGUUAGUCGAUAAAGAUAUUGUAUUGAUGAGCGAGAAGAGAGGACAUGAUGACACGCUUCUUGUACUUGCCGAUGAAGAUUGUAGAGAUACAAUUGUCAAGACUAAUGAAGCUGCUAGAAAAGACCUUUGUGUGAAUCCAGGUGAUCCACUAGCAAUUCGAACGUUUCCUGGAACCAUUAAAUACGGUCUUCGCAUUCAAUUUCGGCCGCUUGAUAACACGGAUUGGAAUGUGGUCAACAAUUUAUUCGAAGGCUACCUCAAACCGUACUUCAGAGACGCAUGCCGGCCGAUUAGCAAAGAUGACCUCUUUCUUGCGAAUAAUGGCACAAGUACCGUAAAGUUUAAAGUUAUGGAGAUUGAUCCACCGGAUUACUGUGUUGUAAGCAACCUCACUUGCAUUUUAUGCCAUCAUCUAACGAUGAAAUAG